AUGGUACCCAAAAAUGAAGUCUACCUCGAAUUCGCAGUCGUCCGCCUCAGGGACAUCUUCAACACCCUGCACCGUAUGGGCCCCGUCAUCCGAGACCUGAAGAUAUCUACAGCCAUACCAGACAGGAUCAGUACCACCGCAUUCGUCAUCGCCUUCCUGGACUGGGCUAUCUCGCCCAGAUCCAUCGCAGGAGAUCUCAUCCGGGUGCUUGAGAGGGUCGAUGUUAACGUAAUGGAAGAGGAUGCUGACACCGUCAUGCACAAGCUGACGAUGAAGAACGAGGCGAAGGAAGCCGUUGUGUCGUGGGCGCGGUUCUGGUGUUUGAAUCUUUUGUUUCCGAUGAUGGACAGGCAGCUCUUGGGCAACUUGCCGGAGUAUUGGUCGAUAAUGGCUGACAUAAGGCACUCUGUGAUGCAACGAGACUCAAACCGCUGCCCCGUCACCGGCAUCUACGACACCUUUACCGCAACCAACGUAGAACCCCAGGGCACCCUAGCCGCCGUCCACAUCAUCCCCCCCCGAAUAUCCUACAACAAAACCGCAAAAACUCUCAUCAGCAAAUUCACUGGCGGCCAAAUCCUCCCAGAACACCUCUCCCCCGAAAACAUCGACGCCAUGGAUAACGCCCUCAUGCUCUCCACAACCAUCUCCACCCUCUUCGAACAAUACCGCUGGUCCAUCUGCCCAGAACGCCAAGGAAACCCACGAUUCUCUUUUUCCGUCCCAGGCUACCACGAGGAAGAGCAUUCCUACCGCCUGCGCAAAGUCGCCGAUUUCUACCCGCCCAACACCUUGUCCGCACCGGAGGAUUCCAGGAUCCUGUUCGGUCGAGGACCGCCCGAGGGGGGUGUGUUCGUCUUGCCUAACCCGUCCUAUCUGCGCUUGCAUUAUUCGCUGGCGCUGAUCUUGGAAGCGACGCAGGCUGGGAAGACGAUUUCGAGGAUUCAGCAUGCGAUGAUGAGGUCGGGCCUUGGGCGGAGGGCUUUGGUGUUUUGGGGGGAUGAGAUGGAGGUUUUCUUGCCUACGAUUUACAGAAGGGGCAUGGAAUGUGUACUGGGGGUGCUUCAGUGGUAUGCGGAGGAGGCGGAGGCGAAAGCUGUGAGGCAGAGGGAGAAGGGGGGGGGAUGA